UUUUUUCUGCGAUCUUGUAAUUAUCGUCAGUCAUGCCUGAGCCAGCCAAGUCCGCUCCGGCCCCGAAGAAGGGCUCCAAGAAGGCGGUGACCAAGACGCAGAAGAAGGACGGCAAGAAGCGCAAGCGCAGCCGCAAGGAGAGCUACUCCGUGUACGUGUACAAGGUGCUGAAGCAGGUCCACCCGGACACCGGCAUCUCGUCCAAGGCCAUGGGCAUCAUGAAUUCGUUCGUCAACGAUAUUUUUGAGCGCAUCGCGGGCGAGGCAUCGCGCCUGGCUCAUUACAACAAGCGCUCGACCAUCACAUCCAGGGAGAUCCAGACGGCCGUGCGCCUGCUGCUUCCCGGAGAACUGGCGAAGCACGCCGUGUCUGAGGGCACCAAGGCCGUCACCAAGUAUACCAGCUCCAAGUGAGCCACUGACUUCUUGAUCAGACCCCAACACUUCCAAAGGCUCUUUU